AUGGCGGAUGAACUGGAAGCUAUGUGGAGUAAACUAAGCUUUACAGAAGAAGAAGGUGAAGAUAUUGUGUUAGGGAGUAGUAGUACAAAGUUAGCGAGGGAGAUUGGAAAAAAUUGUGUGGUGAUGAAGAUUCUUACAAAACGCAUAAUUUUUCUGGAAGCUUUGAGAAAGAACAUGAAAAUGUUGUGGAAGCCAAACAGGGGUCUUCAAAUCUCUGAAAUUGAAAAUGACAUGUUUCUUGUGGAGUUUGGCGACGGAAGAGAUAAGAAACGGGUAAUGGAGAUGAGCCCUUGGUGUUUUGAAAAGCAACUUAUACUGUUGCAGGAAUUUGAAGGGGAGUUGGUCCCAAAAGAUAUAGUCCUGAAAUGGACCCCUUUUUGGGUUCAAAUAUACAACCUUCCGCUAAAAAGUAUGACACGCGAAACUGGGAUGGAAAUCGGGGCAAAGAUCGGAACAGUUAUAGACAUUGAUGUGCCUGAAAAAGGGGUACAAUGGGGAAGAUGCUUAAGGGUGCGAGUUCAGUUUGAUGCCACUAGAAAACUGGUUAGGGGUAAAAGGGUUUCGAUCGAAGGCGGAGAGAGCAGAUGGGUAUUUUUUAAAUAUGAGCGGCUGCCGAACUUCUGCUACCGGUGUGGGAAGCUGGACCAUGGAGAAAAGGAAUGUGCAGAAAAACAGGGGUCGGGGAAUGGAGAGGAUGGGGGUUGUAUGCAAUAUGGGGCGUGGUUAAGGGGUGAGCCAGGAAGACGGGGGGGGAAUGAUCAGGGAAGAUCGGAAGGCUCUAAUAAAAUGAGCUUCAAGCAGAAUAGGGAGGAGUUGACGGCUGGGGUGUCUGUGCAAGAAGCGGUCCGGCAAGAGGUGAGGGAGGAAGUAGGUGGAGGUCACGUGAGUGGGAGCAGGACCAGUCAAAGGUCUAGUCAGUGUUACAAGUCAGAGGAAAAGAGGGUGGCAUGUGAAGAUGAGAGUUUCAAUCAAGAAAAUGGAAAGUCAAGCCUGCCACAAGCAAAGGGGAAUGGGGGAUUAGACAAUAGUGGCCUGAACUCUCUGACAGGCAACCUUCCCACAGCAGAAAAUGAGGGAGUUAUGCAGUAG